GGGGCUGCUCAGUAGUACAGCGGAAUAAAAUGGCUGCCGUGGCUGCAGAGCCAGGAGCCGCGGCGGUUCCGACAAUAACCGCAGCGACAAGCAAAGAUGACCAACCAGAACCGGGCCCAGUUUGCUCAGGACAAUUAGAAUUCCCAGUAGAACCCAACGGUCCUCCGGAGUUAAGCCCGGGCACGAACAUAGAGGAUGGAGCUUACGGAGAGGUCCGCCAUGUCAGGUCGGAGCUGGAGCCCGCGGCGGGAAAAGCGUCGCUGGAGAGCGGUGUUCCGGUGGAUCGGAGCAGCACCGAACGGGCCUCCCCCGGACUGCCAGCGAACUCGGAUAGCGGUGGUACCUACCGAAGCGCCUUCUCGGAUAAGCACCUCUCUGCCGUCUUCCUGCAUUCCCUACCGAACCCACCGCCCGUCACCGAGGCCGGAUUGUCUUUGGCUGAACCGGCAGAACCCACCACUAACGUGACGACAGACCGAGCUCAGGCCACAGACCCAAAAAGGGUAUACACGACUCUCAUUCAGGCGGAGCUGGGGCCCGGGUUUGUUGUGUUGGAUGGAGCUGCGGAGCGCUCGGAACCGGAACCCGGCUCCUUAGAGAGUCCCGCGGGGAAGGAGGAUCCGCCGAGCCACAGUGUGCUGCAGGAGUCCUCUGGACAAAAACCGGUGUUGGACCUGAGUCCUGGCACCGAAGUCCGGGUGUACUUGGAUCACGUGAUUGAUGAUGCGCUGGUGGUGUCCUUCCGGCUGGGGGAGCAGGUGUUCUCAGGUGUUCUGAUGGAUGUUUCCAAAAGGUUUGGACCUUAUGGAAUCCCCAUCACGAUGUUCCCUAGACGAGACGUCCGCAGUCGGCCUCCAGAAUCUCUGCAGCCAGCUACCAUCAGUGGCGAGAUUUCCACCAAGCUCGAGGAGGUUGUUGUCACCGCUUCUCCAUCCCCUCCACACCCACCCCAACCCUGGACCUCCAAACCGCCACCACUUUUUCAGGAGGGGGCACCAUACCCACCACCGCUCUUCAUCAGGGACACCUACAACCAGGCCUUACCUCAGCCACUUCCUCGCAAAAUCAAACGGCCAAAGCGGCGCUACCGCUGCGAGGAGCCCACCUCUAUCAUGAAUGCCAUCAAGCUCCGCCCUCGUCAGGUUCUCUGUGACAAGUGUAAAGGUGUAGUGACAUCAGGUGGGUGUAGGGAGGCACGGCGAGGCCCAGUGGAGCUGAGGAGCAAUGAGGCAACACGGAGGCGGCGAGCAGCAGACAUCCCAAUAUCCUCGGAGGUGAAACGCCUGAGGAGCGGCAACACGAGAAGUCGCUCCUCUACUAACAGACACUCAUCAUCUGUCAUACAUGUGUCUUCAUCAUCAUCUUGCCGUGUGCUCAGAGGCGUGGCUUCAUCCUCAACAGCCUCAUCCAGCCAUGUUCGCUUAAAGCUGAACUCUAAGAAAGUUCUGACCAAAGGUUCUGCUGCUGACCGCUCCAAGGACGGGCAAGUUCUCCAAAAGCUGACUCCGCACUGCCGGCCAGCAUCCCCGGGCAAGCACCAGGACCACAGCAAGGCUGUGACUCGAGCUGCUGCCCUGCAGAUCCGCAACCAAAAGGUCCACUUGACCCGCCGCUUGCAAAACCUGAGCAGCACCGCCAUCAGCACCCACGCGCCCCUUCCGCCAAGAAUGCGCCUGAAGCCCCAAAGGUACCGUACUGAUGAGCCAGCACGGCAGUCUGCUUCCGCAUCGCCACCUAAAUCUGCCACAAGCCCCACCCAACCUCCCCCGCCCCCAGUUACAGCUCCUCCUUCCUCCGCUGCUAGUGUCAUCAUAGAAACUCCUGAGGAUGAAGGGGUGAGGCAGAGAGCAGAGUGGCAUGAGGUGGAGCCACCUCCUUCUUCUUCUUCCUUAGACUCCUCCCACUCUGAGUGCAGUUCCACAGAGACCUUUGACCUCCCUCCUCCGGGAGAUCCUCCCUCCUCUUCUUCUUGUCCAGCCCCGUUACCUCCUUCCUCCCCCUCUUUACCCCCUCACUUCCCCACCUCAUCCUCCCCUGUCUCUCCCACUGCAGAGGACGAAGAGGAAGGAGGUGACGUAAAGCGGCAUCGGAAAUUGUCCACAUCCUCCUCGUCCUCGUCCUCAUCUUCUUCCUCUGUCUUUUCCAAGUCCGUGUCCAAGUGUCUGCUUCCCGAUGGCCGCACCGUGUGUGUCGGUGACAUCGUCUGGGCCAAGAUUUAUGGCUUCCCAUGGUGGCCAGCUCGUGUGCUCGGCAUCAUGGUGGCUCGCCGCGGUGACACAGGGCUAGCAGUGCGUCAGGAGGCGCGUGUCUCCUGGUUUGGCUCGCCGACCACUUCUUUCCUGCCACUCGCUCAGCUCUCACCUUUCCUCGAAACGUUCCAGUUGCGGUUUGACAAAAAGAGAAAAGGGCCGUAUCGACGCGCUAUUGCUGAGGCUGCCAGCGCCGCCAAACAGUUGACGCCUGAAGUCCGUUCGCUGCUCACACAGUUUGAGACGUAGCAGUGGCUGUUGCUGCUGCUAGCGCCUUAGUCCUGCCCCUUCUGUACAUGGACAAACAGGAGCUGGGGGGAGCCAGACCUUAGACUAAUCCAAAAUGGUUCUGGUUUGGACAGGAGGGGGAGGAACCUCAGGGUUUACUGUCGAUGUUUAGAUGGCGUAGGGCGGAGCUUAUCUCUUUCAGGUGUCAGUGAGAGCAUUUCAGCUCACCCGGAUCUUGUGUAAUAAGGUGUGAUGACUUUUGUUAACUGAAACUGUAAUCGUCACUAAAGUCCUGUAGGUGUAUCAUGAGAAAUGCAGGACUCGCUUCAGUCUGCCUAUAAUUACCUGGUGGAGCAGGUGUAAGGAUCACGUCACGCUUUCAUAUCAUCUUCUGUAAUAAACACUAAUGUGGGUUUGCAUUGGAGGUUCUUCGAUCAGUGAUUUUUAUCUGAAUGAUUCGGCACAAUGUUGGCGAUACUCUCAAAUGCUGAUGAUACUUCCUGUUGGGUUCUGAUAAAGAACACUGACACUUUUUUUUACUGUGAACAAAGUAUUGUCGAAGCGAAGGCUGAGGGUGCCCAAACAUGGUUCAAGGUCUGAGGCACACCUGUUUCAGGUGCUUGGUUUCAUCAGCAGCAGCAGCUUUGUGAGCGGCCCAGAGACGUAGUCGAUAAAAUCAAAUCACUGGGAUUUCUGGUAACCAGGUCUGAUCCUGGGUUGUGUGUGGGAUCCAGUUUUAGCAGGUCAGAUGUUUAGGGACUGAUCUCUUACUUGUCCUGCGUUUGGACAUCCUUGCACCUCUGGACAAAGAGACAGGUAGGACACACUGACUGUUAGACAGCUGCUUUCUUGUGAUGAUGAUGAUGAUGAUGAUGAUGAUGGUGGUGUCAGUGUGAGCUGUUAGACUCUUUCCCAUCUGUUUGCAGAUCAGAGACUGAACAGUGUACAUGUUUUUUGUUUUUGUUUGAAAUUGUUAAUAAAUUGUCAAAGUGCUCAA